GGAGGGUGCGCUGAAAAUUGAACUUCACGCUCAUAAGGGGUCAGGAAUUGAUGAAAAGGUAGAUAGAACUUGCGCAAAGGACGGAAUAGAGAAACUGCAUCCUAGGCAGCUUCAACUGUGGAAGGCGACGGUGUUGAGCAGACCUCCUCAGACGUAGCUACAUGCCCGGAUCCCUUAUCGUCCCCAGUCCGGUUUGAAUGAAAUAAUAGCACGGCAGGUCAUGCUUUUUGAAUCUGACUCAUUGUGAAAAUGCUGUGAGCGGAGCUGACUCGUGAUUGAGCAGCCGUGCGCCUGACGACGCAGUCGGCUAGUGCCGGAGGAGCGCUCGUGCUACAGGAUCCGUCUGGGGCUCGGAGGAAGAACAUCUGUCCGGAAAUAUCGCUGAAAUGAAAUGAGGCUCAGACAUGGAACUGUUGCCACUGCGAUUAUUUUCCUCACGUCUUUUCUCAGCCUGUCUUGGUAUACUGCCUGGCAAAAUGGGAAAGAGAAGCUGAUAGCGUACCAGCGGGAGUUCCACGCCUUGAAAGAGCGCCUCCGUGUGGCGGAGCACAGGACGCUGCAGCGCUCCUCUGAGCUCAACAGCAUCCUGGAGCAGUUCCGGCGCGCCAUCGCCGAGACCAACGGCAGCAAGGACGCCCUCUCCAACUUCUCCGAUGAGACACAGAAGCUGUUGAAGGAGUUGGCCCACAGGAAGCCUCUUCAGGUGCCAAAUAUCUACUACCACCUGCCCCACCUGCUCAAUAAGGAGGAGAGCCUGCAGCCUGCGGUGCAGCUGGGGCAGGGCAGGACAGGAGUGUCCAUGGUGAUGGGCAUCCCCACCGUGAGACGAAAGGUCAAGUCCUACCUGGCAGAGACGCUGCACUCCCUCAUCGAUAAGCUGUCGCCCGAGGAGAAGCUGGACUGCGUCAUCAUCGUGUUCGUCGGAGAGACGGACGCAGACUAUGUGCAAAGUGUGGCCGAUGGCCUGGAGAAAGAGUUCUCGGCAGAGUUCAGCUCUGGCCUGCUGGAGCUCAUCUCGCCUCCGGCAAGCUACUACCCUGACCUCAGCAACCUGAAGGAGACCUUCGGAGACUCCAAGGAGAGGGUUAGGUGGAGGACGAAGCAGAACUUGGAUUACUCCUUCCUGAUGAUGUACGCUGUGAGCAAAGGGGUCUAUUAUGUCCAGCUGGAAGACGACAUCGUCGCCAAGCCCAACUACUUCGCCACCAUGAAGAACUUCGCCCUGCAGCUGUCGUCCGAGGACUGGAUGAUCCUCGAGUUCUCCCAGCUGGGGUUCAUCGGGAAGAUGUUCCAGGCCCCCGACCUGAACCUGAUUGUGGAGUUCAUCUUCAUGUUCUAUAAGGAGAAGCCCAUUGAUUGGUUGCUGGACCACAUUCUCUGGGUCAAAGUAUGCAACCCUGAGAAAGAUGCGAAGCACUGUGAGAGGCAGAAGUCUGGUUUGCGUGUGCGUUUCAGACCCUCCCUGUUCCAGCACGUGGGGCUACACUCCUCUCUGGCAGGAAAGAUCCAGAAGCUUACGGAUAAGGACUUCCUGAAGCCCCUGCUGCAUAAGAUUCAUGUCAAUCCACCAGCGGAGGUCUCCACCACGCUUAAGGUGUACCAGGGCCACACUCUGGAGAAGACCUACAUGGGAGAGGACUUCUUCUGGGCCAUCACCCCCACUGCGGGGGACUACGUCCUGUUCAAGUUUGACCGGCCCGUCAGCAUAGAGAGGUACCUGUUCCGCAGCGGCAACCAGGAGCACCCCGGAGACAAGCUGGAGAACACGACGGUGGAGAUCCUGCCUUUGUCGGAAUCUGACCUGCAGACCAAAGAGAAAUACAAGCGAAUGGACGACCGCUACUACCGAAUUGGUCAGUUUGAGAAUGGCGUGGCAGAGGCGGUGAUGGACCCCAUCUUUAACCCCGUGGUGGCGCUCCGUCUCACCGUACUCAAGGAUUCUGCUGUGUGGGCCAUCCUGAGCGAGAUCCACAUCAAGAGAGUGGCAGGCUAAUAGGAUCCACAGGAGCCCAGCUCUCAGCGACCGCCCAGCACCGCACGGGCGAAGAUGGCCCCACCCGCCUUCUACCUCGCGCCAAUGUGAAUACUACUGAAAAAAAAAAAACUUAGGGGAAAAAAUAUCAAAGAAUCAAUUCAUGGGACGGGCUGCUCUGACCUAUCACGGAGGUGGAGGGCGCUGCCUUCGUGCGAAGGGGAAGCGGUGAGGUGCAGUGAUGCGUGAGGCCGCCAGGGGAGACAAGCUGCAUGCGCCCUCCGACCCCUCCCCUGUCUGCUCUCUGACGCCCCCAGGUGCACACGAAAGGCAUUGCACUGGAGCGGACACUUACAUGAGGGGAUGCCCUCAGGACCUGAAUGUGCUUGAUGGCGAUUUUACGGUUUCCCCUUGGACUGGACAGCCCGAGUUCGUUUUCAUUUUCGUUUUGUAUCAUGUCAGUCCUUUCAUCAGAUUUAUGUGACAGAGGUGGGCAGCAACAGCGCCGGGGUCAUGUUUACCAUAAGCGGGAACAUGCGUCCACUGACCAUCAGGUGUCCCAGUUGGUGUUUGGAAAAAGCAAACCAGGUUUGCUCAAAUCAUGAAAAGAGCAUGGUUUGUACAGUUUAAUUUCCACUGACUCCUUUGCCAAAGUGCUUCUUAAAAACAGACCAACAGAGACCGGCUGGUCAGGACCCCUGCUUUCUGUGUGACUGCGCAGCUUAGCCUGUUUGCCUGCGCAAAUGCAGCUCCGGCUGCGCGUUUGGACAGCAGCGCUGUCUGUGCAGUGUGAGCAGGAUUGGCCUGUCCUGUGUGCUGAACGCCACAUCUGAUC